CCUCCCUGUAUACCACCUCCUCCCUGCACACCACCUCCUCCCUGUAUACCACCUCCUCCCUGCACACCACCUCCUCCCUGUAUACCACCUCCUCCCUGCACACCACCUCCUCCCUGUAUACCAUCUCCUCCCUGUAUACCACCUCCUCCCUGUAUACCACCUCCUCCCUGCAUACCACCUCCUCCCUGCAUACCACCUCCUCCUUGUAAACCACCUCCUCCCUGCAUACCACCUCCUCCCUGCACACCACCACCUCCCUGCACACCACCUCCUCCCUGUAUACCACCUCCUCCCUGCAUACCACCUCCUCCCUGCAUACCACCUCCUCCCUGCAUACUACCUCCACCCUGCACACCACCUCCUCCCUGUAUACCACCUCCUCCCUGCAUACCGCCUCCUCCCUGCAUACCGCCUCCUCCCUGCACACCACCUCCUCCCUGUAUACCACCUCCUCCCUGCCUACUGCCUCCUCCCUGCAUACCGCCUCCUCCCUGCACACCACCUCCUCCCUAUAUACCACCUCCUCCCUGCAUACCGCCUCCUCCCUGCAUACCGCCUCCUCCCUGCAUACCACCUCCUCCCUGUAUACCACCUCCUUCUUGCAUACCACCUCCUCCCUGCAUACCAUCUACUCCCUGCAUACCACCUCCUCCCUGUAUACCACCUCCUCCCUGCAUACCACCUCCUCCCUUUACACCACCUCCUCCCUGCAUACCGCCUCCUCCCUGCAUACCACCUCCUCCCUGCAUACCGCCUCCUCCCUGCAUACCACCUCCUUCCUGCACACCACCACCUCCCUGCAUAUUGCCUCCUCCCUGCAUACCACCUUCCCCCUGCACAACAUUUAUACCACCUCCUCCCUGCACACCACCUCCUCCCUGUAUACCACCUCCUCCCUGCAUACCACCUCCUCCCUGCAUACCACCUCCUCCCUGCAUACCACCUCCUCCCUGCACACCACCUCCUCCCUGUAAACCACCUCCUCCACCACCUCCUCCCUGCAUUCCACCUACUCCCUGUAUACCACCUCCUCCCUGCACACCACCUCCUCCCUGUAUACCACCUCCUCCCUGCAUACCACCUCCUCCCUGUAUACCACCUCCUCCCUGCAUACCUCCUCCUCCCUGUAUACCACCU